GGGAGUAGGUGACAAAGGGCUUAAGCCUGGCUCUCCUGAUGCACAGCUCGCUCCUGUUGCUGACUCAGUAAAUUAAAGCAGCCCAAAGCAGGAAGCAUGGGCGGAAAUGCAGGGAAGAAUUUCCCCCUAGAAAGAUUUAGAGGUCAUGGCUCAGGUUCUUCUUUAAAAUUCUUACUUCCCCUUAGGAUGAUUAGAGGGCAAGAAGGGGUGAAGAGGUUUCUGGAGAAGCCCACAAACAGUCCUCGGGUUGCUUGUGGGGAGCCAUUCAUGUCUGUGGGGAUACAGGAUUGCUGCCAUGUCUCCUUCCAGGACAGCAGAGCCGGUCGCCUCUCAUUCUGUACCAAGGUGUGCUACGGCCUUGGGGGUGUCCCCAACCAGGUGGCUUCCAGUGCCAUAUCCUUUUACCUGCAGCUCUUUCUGCUGGAUGUGGCCCAGAUCCCUGCUGCACAGGCGUCUCUUGUCCUGUUUGGAGGGAAGGUGUCGGGAGCAGUUGCUGACCCUGUGGCUGGGUUCUUCAUCAACAGAAGCAGGAGGACAAGGUCUGGACGGCUCAUGCCCUGGGUGCUGGGCUGCGUACCUUUCCUCAGCCUGGCCUACUUCUUUCUGUGGUUCUUGCCUCCCUUCACCAGUCUGCGAGGCCUCUGGUAUACCACGUUCUACUGCCUCUUCCAGGCCCUGGCCACGUUCUUCCAGGUGCCCUACACAGCACUCACCAUGCUGAUCACCCCAAGCCCCCAGGAACGGGACUCUGCCACUGCGUAUCGUGAGUGUAUCCCUGGGGUCUGGCGGGAGGGCGCUGCCCCUGGAGCCCCGUGGCUGGCUUGGUCACUCACACUAUUGUUUCCAGGGAUGACGAUGGAAAUGGCAGGGACACUGAUGGGUGCCACCAUCCAUGGGCUGGUUGUGUCCAGUGCCCACAGAUCCAACCACUGUGAGCUCCCUGGGCCUGUGGCUGUCUCCCCAGAUGCAACUCGCCUCUACUCCUUCGCGGCCGCUGCAGUUGCUGUGACUUACCCUGUGUGCAUCACUCUGCUCUGCCUUGGAGUCAAGGAGCAGCCAGACCCAGUCGGCCCAGCCUCAGGCCAAGGCCUUGGCUUUUGGGCUGGCCUGGGCCUCACAACCCGAUACCCACCCUAUGUGAAGCUGGUGGUCUCCUUCCUGUUCAUCUCAGCUGCAGUGCAGGUGGAGCAGAGCUACCUGGUCCUGUUCUGUACACAUGCUGCCCAGCUACAAGACCAUGUCCAGAGCCUGGUGCUAACUAUUCUGGUCUCUGCUGUGCUGAGCACCCCGCUGUGGGAGUGGGUUCUCCAGCGAUUUGGGAAGAAGACAUCGGCCCUUGGCAUCUGUGUGAGUGAGACAGAAAGUGAUGUUGGGGGCAGCAAGGCUAUGCCCACAGCUCCUCCUGGAGCUGGCAGCGAGGGCCCUGCGUUCCCUUGCAUCUGCAGAGCUUGGCUCACCACUAAAACAUGGUCCAUGCUGCCAGACGUGGUGGAAGAAUUCCAGCUGCAGCACCAACAUGGCCCAGGCCUGGAGACCAUUUUCUACUCAUCCUAUGUCUUCUUCACCAAGCUCUCAAGCGCAUGCACCCUGGGCAUCUCCACCCUCAGUCUAGAGUUUGCAGGGUACAAGGUGGGAGCCUGCAAGCAGGCAGCCAAGGUGGUGGUCGUGCUCAAGGUCCUCAUCGGCGCCGUGCCCACCUUCUUGAUCCUCGCUGGUCUGUGCAUCCUCAUGGUCAGCCGUGCUCCCCAGGUACCAGGCCAGGCCAGCUCCCAGCAGCACAGCCUCCAGAGGAAGAGUAGUCUCAGCCUUGCUUCAAAUUCAAGAGGACUGCUGUGAGCGGAACCACGGGAGCUGUUUGCUGGGCCUGGUCUCUGUCCCAGGCCUUGGUGCCUCCCUACAGUUUAGCGCAAGAUGCUUCCCUCUGGAGUUGGUGUUGCAAGUGAUGAUUCCCGUGGGACAGCCCACACUCCAGGGCACCCACCUGACCUCUCCUGCCUGCGGGUCACAGAGCAUCUCAGGCCUACGACCCUCAUCACACCAGCUCCCAACAAGCUUGAGCCACAGAGCACCGCAGUGAUAGUAUUCCUGCAAACAGCAAGCCUCUGCCUGGCUCCCUCCAGACUCCCACAGGGAGAGAAGGCCACAGACACACAGACCCCUUGCCCUGAAACUCCAGCAGACAUCUGAGCACUAGAGAGGCCGAGCCACCAUGAGGGGAGGCAAAGUAGGGACAGAUGACACGCUGGGGACCUGCAAGGGGAGAGAGAGAGCCAAAGACCAGUCCAGGGGAUAGGAGGGGACAGCAGGGGAAUGAGGAGCAGGAUGUUCCCAGCCUUCUGCUUUUGUCACAUGAGUUG